CCACACACAACCACACAUAUAUUAUUGUGCUAAACUCUUCCCUAUUAAUUUCAUAAUCGGUUUAAUACAACGGUUAACACUGUUUCCUGUUUUGGCCUGAUUUUGGUUUUCGUCUUACAAUUUUUCCAUGACUUUGCUCAAUGUAUACCUCUUUGCAAAACAAAUACUCUAAUUCAUUUCUCCUACUUUUCAAUUUAUUGGUUGUAGUUAUUUUUGUUAGGGAUUUUGGGCGUGAUCAGUGAUGUGUUUAAUGCAACAGCUUGCAGUUUUAAUCCUGUGCUUUUGCCUAUUUCUGGGUUACAAUUUUUCCCAUUCUAGCUUUGUUUUCAAUUGCUCUUCAUUUCCCCCUAAUUUUCAUCCGUUCAUUUUCAGUCCCCUUCCUUGAUUUGUCUCUCUGCUUCCACCUCAUUAUACGCUGCAAUUUUCCACAUUUUCUCAGUUUUUGGCUAUAUGCUGUUAUUUUGCAUUAUUUUUGCUUGGAUUUUGGGAAAUGCAAUGUUAUGGAGUACCUUAUUUUAUUUAUUUCUUAUUUAUCAAUAUAUACAGAAAUAAUGUUUUGUCGUGUGCAAUUUGGUAAAAAUGGUUGUUUAGAGUUAAUAGGAUCAAUAAUUUGGUAGAGGAGUAUGUAAGUGGAGAGCUUAGAGAAGGAGAUCUAAUCUUGGGAAUAUUACUUUCUGAGUUUCUAAAUCAAAGAAAGAUCCGUUAUCCUCACAAAAGCUGUUGGUAAAACCAAUUAAAAAACUGGUAGGGAAGAUAUCAAAAUCAGAUACUGGUGAAGCUUAUCUGUCUAGAAACUUCGCUUAGUAGUUAGCGCAUAAAUGGACACUCUUUAUUCUUUAUAGGAAUGAUUUGUCAUUGUGUGCAUUGCAGUGCUCAACAAGAAGCUUUGGCUCCAAUCUUCAUACUUCUUCAAUCUAACCUUCGGAGCUUUUUAUCAUUAGAAUGUCUAAGCAUCAAUGAAAGAACAUAACAAAUAAAUAAAUUAUUCAUUGAUUAAUUGAUUUUGCAACUGCUAUUAUUUACUUUGAUAUGUCAUGUGACUGUCUCUCUAAAGUGUGUUGGCUAACAUGUACUCCAUGGUAAUUGAAUAUUGUUGCGUCGCACCAAAAUGAAAUUGUAACUUUCAGGGAGGAUCCUUUGCAUUGAAUGGAGCUAACAUCUAAAGGGCAGGGGAAGAUUAAUAAGAGAACAAGGCGUUGUUGGACAACUAGGGAAGAACAAGUGUUGAUUGCUGCACUGAAAGAUAUUGUAUCAAAAGGCUGGAAAUGUGAAAAUGGAUUCAGAGCAGGAUAUCUAAAGGUACUCACAGGCUCCAUGAAGAAAGUUUUUCCGGGUACAGAUAUUAGAGCUGAGCCUCACAUAAAUUCCAAGCUUCAUGUGUGGAAAACACAUUAUGCUUCCCUAGCGUCCAUGCUUAAUGUAAGUGGUAUCACUUGGAACGACUCAACCAAAAUGAUCGAUGCUCAGGAUGAUGCGUGGAAUUCGUAUGUGAAGACAGAUAGCCAUGCUCUCACGAUGAGGUACAAGUCCUGGCAAUUUUACCCGGAUUGGUGUCAAAUAUUUGGCAAGGGCAGUGUGAUCAUGGAAGAUACUGAUCAUAUUGCUGACGUAGUUCUAGAACUGGAAGCAGAUAAAGCAAAGGAGAAAGAAGCUGUAGCAAAAUUUGGCUGCGUCUUUGAGGGAGAUGAGGAUGAAAAUGAGAUGUCUGUCUGUCAACCUCAAAGUGAUGGGACCGGGAAGAAGCAAGCUCCAAACAAGAGGAAGAUGUCGGCGUGCAGCUCAGAUCCUUCUGCUGCUGCUGUCAAUGUUUCACCUAACAAACAAGAUGCAAGGUUCGAAGGCGUUAUUGCCAGAAGAAAUGUAGGCUUCGAGUAUGAUGGUGUCACAAAUGCUAGGAGAGGACUGUAUGGUGAGCUCGGGAGGAUCCCCGGGCUACAGGUGCGCGAAAAGUUGAUUGUGGCAAAGUUUCUUGUGAACAAAACCGGAGAUUUGGAGCUCUUCUUCAGUCUUCCGGACGAGGCGAAGGUGGAGAUGGUUAACAUGAUUUUAACUGGAGAGUACUGAUGCAUUGAUGAUGCCAUGUAAUUGCGAUGUUUUGUAGGUAUGGAUGAAGAUGUAAGAUCUAAUCUUAUUUUGCAGUGUGUAUACAUUUGGCAGAUAUGUAUGCUAUCUAUUAUCGGCUUGGUUACUUUACCUAAGUCGUAAAUUGAUAGACAAUAUGCCGAUAUAUUCAGUGGUAUAUAAUGUUCUUGAUGAA